ACUCCUGUGACUUUCAGGGAUUGCUUCUCUUAGCUCUCGCGUCAUGAGUUUUGAUCAAAUUUCCCUGUUCAGCGGAAAUGCCAAUCCGAAGCUGGCGAAGGACAUUGCCCGCUACCUCGGCAUACACGUGGCGCAGGCCCGAGUGACCAAGUUUCACGACGGCGAGACGAAGGUGCAAAUUGUGACCAACGUGCGAGGCAUGGAUGUAUUUAUCAUUCAACCAACCUGCCCUCCAGUGGAUGAUAAUUUGAUGGAAUUGUUGAUCAUGAUUGACGCAAUUAAGAGGGCAUCCGCCAAGCGGAUCGUGGCAGUGAUUCCCUAUUACGGAUACGGCCGCCAGGACAAGAAGCACAGCAGCCGUGCUCCUAUUACGGCCAAGUUAGUGGCGGACCUGAUAACCAAAGCAGGCGUUCAUAGCGUCCUCACGUUGGAUUUGCAUGCUGGGCAAAUUCAAGGUUUUUUCUCGUGUCCUGUCGACGCCCUUAAAAGUGAUCCCGUAAUUGUUCAGUUCUUACGGGAAUAUUUUGACGAAGAAACACAACGCGACGAUUUGGUAAUCGUGUCUCCAGAUGUCGCCGAAGUUAAGCGGGCCUUGCGCAUUGCCGAGAGACUCAACGCGAAGGUGGGCAUGAUCAACGAGCGUGGAGAAGGCGAAUUCUACUUCAUAGGAGAAAUCACCACGCACGCUGUCGUCGUCAAAGACAUGCUUGACACCGGCGUGAGCAUGAUUCAAGCCACCAAAACCCUCAUAGGCGCCGGAGCCAAAAACGUCAUUGUUGCCUGCACUCACGCUUUAUUAAGCAACGACUGUAUUAAACUCAUUAUGGAAAGCCCCAUAAGCAAAGUUAUUAUAACUGAUUCAACGUCCCAAAGUCAGAAUGUGGAACUUGUAAAAGAAUGCAAUAAAAUAAUCAUACUGUCCAUAGCUUCGUUAAUUGGAGAGGCUAUAAGAAGAAUACAUAAUGAAGAGUCCGUCUCUUCGCUUUUCCAAUACAAGUAAAAACAAUAAUAAUAAACUCCUCAUUGUAGAAAAAAAA